UCACUGAACAAUAUCAACUGAGAACAAACAGUUUACGUUGCUAAGAGUGGUUGCUAAGGGUGUUUUGUAGUGAUACACCGAACCGUUCGGUGAAGCGGUGAUAGCCGUGUUUUAUCUUGAAUAAAACACAGCUAUUGACCAUCAGAAUCGAGGACAGGAACUAACCGUUUUAUAUAUAUAUAUAUAUAUAUACAUUUCACAUAUGACAUAUAUAAUGUAUAUCAUAUAUUUUUCAACUGUUUAGGAAAUAAUGUCUUUAUUUUGACUUUACAUUUGCAGUUGGUAGACUGCAAUUCGUGUAGUGACCACAUGAUGUCAUCAUUUACACAUCGUUUACAGAAGUCAGUGUUUGGACCUUUUAGUAGAAAGCUUAGGAAGUUCUAGUAGUAGCUGAAGAAACACACACAGAGUGUAUGUUCAAAUUUUAUAAAGAUUGUAAUGGACAUUCAAAUGACUCUUACUUCUCGCUGAACAUUUCACUCCAUAUUUAACAACAUCUAAUUACUUUUGAGAAUCCUAUUAAACAUGCUUGUUUUCUUUAUACACACCUUUGAAUGCAUAUUGAAACUAGGUGCAGAGAAGAGAGAAUUACACUGACAGUGCCAGCCAACCUACUACAUGUUGAAUCACUGUGGCUAUCGAGGUUUCAAUAGCCAAUCAAAUCCAAUCAUGUCUUCUCAGCUACCUUUUAUGCGGCACUCUCAACAAAAACUGAAUCAUCAGAGCACCCCAAACCGUAUGCUACAAAGUAGGCACAAAAAUGCAAUGCAUACAAUGACUAAGACCAGUUAAUAUUGCUUUAAUCCUGCCUGGGGUAGAAAAGGAAACACACUGCCAUCCAACUUUAUGUAAUCAGGCUACAUUCAUAAGCUUCAGCAGAGCCAUUUAUUAAAAACAAAAAGCCGGGUUCCAUACUGCGAUGGUGUUAUUACAUCUCUCAGUGGAAACAAAGCAUUCACUGGAAACCUCUCCUAACUUGCUACAGUUAAUCAAGCCUCACAAAAGCAACAUAGCCAACUCGACCAUCAGAUAUGUGCUACACUUGACUCUUGACAGACUGAUAUGGCUUUUGUGUGUGCGGCUGGCACACUUUAGCUGAAGGUGUAAUUUAAUAUUUAUGCCGGGCGCUGAAUGCUCACUGGGGCCGCUUGCUGAGUUUUUUUUUAAACCAGGGGCCUUCUUUUUACCCCGCAGCGAUUACGUUGUUGAUUUUACUAUGAAAGGCUUUAGCUACGGGAAGUCCUGGGGAAAAACUGUGGUGUUAGAUCUUGCAGGUGCAUUUAAGUUUAAUAUGCUGCUCGUGGCUCAUACGGAAUCACAUGGAAAAUCUUUAAUAACUUGUUUUACAUGAAGAGAAGAAGUCCAUGAGGGCAUCAUGUUUGCAAUGGAACGGAUUGUUGAGUUUUUGUUUAGAAGAAAAAAAUCAGGAUCCCACAAGAGAGGAUCAUGGAAAAGCCAAAGCUAUACCCUUCCAGAUUCCAGGCCCCCUGAGAAAGAGUCUAGCCAUCUGAGCCAGUGCCAGGAUAGGAAAACCCAUCUAUUGCCACCCUCUCCGCUCCUGCCAGUUUCAGCCUCCCCUCACUCCUCAUCGCCCCUGCGGACCACCUCAACUCCUCUGCCCAAGCCCACCAGAGACUCCUGUCAUGGCGGCGUGAGUGUGAGGAAACGGCGGCGCCUGGCAGCCAGCCCCGGAGGACUGCACUGGGACGCAUCAGGGUCAGUGCUGCGUGACCACGACCGAGGGGAGACGUCGUCACUGUCGGAAGUGAAGCGCUUCCCUCGGACUGUGAAUUUAGAGAGCCGUGUCCCAGAGCUUUGGAGGGAUCGAGAGGCUCUUAGGAAGACCAUAUCCGUCGAUGACCGCCUUCUUCAGCAAACGCCUAGUGAACAUCACAGACUCCUCAGCCGACUGGAGAGGGGCAAGAAGAAACUCAGGAACAUCAAUAGUCUUGGAGCCACUGGCAGAUACGAAACCCAUAAAAAAUCUGACAGUAGGAUCUCCCGACUGGCUCAGAGACUCAACCAGAGGCAGAGCGAUGCUGCGUUGAUUAAGGAUUUCAGACCCCUCUUCCUCCUCUCUGGCUCUCCGGGGAGCUCCCAGAGUCUGGACAGGAACUUUAGUAUGACACAACAGAUGCAGAACCUGCAGCUGACGCAGAGUAAGAAGGGGGCGGGUCCCGCCUCCCCCAGCGCUGCCAAGCGUCUCUACCGCAACCUCUCUGAGAAGUUUAAAGGGAGCCACUCCUCCUUUGAGGAUGCCUACUUUUUUGGCCGAUCCGACCGUAUCCGCAAAGUAUCUAACAUUCAGAGCAGUGAGGCUCUGUUCGAGGCUGUUGAACAGCAGGACCUGGAUGCUGUGCAGAUCCUGCUGUUUCAGUACACAGCUGAUGAACUGGACCUCAACACCCCCAACAGUGAAGGCCUGACACCUCUGGACAUCUCCAUCAUGACCAACAACGUUCCCAUAGCCAAGCUGCUGCUCAAAGCUGGAGGGAAGGAGAGCCCUCACUUUGUCAGUUUGGAUAGCAGAGAUGCUCAUCUCUCAGCGCUGGUGCAGGAAGCCCAAAGGAGAGCCAACGAACUGUCCACCCAGGUGAUGAGAGAGAGUCUCAGCUUGGAAACGUCUGACAAGGAAAAACAGCUUAAAGCUUGGGAGUGGAGAUGCAAACUCUACAAGCGCAUGCGCACAGGAUUCGAUCAUGCAAGGCCACCGGAGGCUCCAUUGACGGUGCGUCUGAGUGUGACCGGCAGCACAUCUCUCACUGUUAGCUUUCAGGAACCUGCCAGCAUGAACUCAGCUGUGGUGACCAAAUACAAAGUGGAAUGGAGCUGUCUGAAGGACUUCUCUUUAUUAGCUGGAGAGCUGAUCCUUGAGAAUCUGCAGUCCCUGAAAUACACAAUAACAGGUCUUACCACGGGUAGACAGUACUAUGUUCAAGUCUCUGCCUACAAUAUGAAGGGCUGGGGUCCAGCACAACUCUCUCAACCUCCCUCUGCUGUUCCUUCCAACUGGAAGGAUUGUGAUGGGAGAGAGUGUAGGAGGAGAGGUCACAUUGAAGCCAUGGAGAGGCUGUUACAGCAGGUUCGAGCCACACACCAGCAUUACUGCUGUGGAGACACAUCAAAGUUGCAGAAUCCAAGUCGAAAACAGUCAGUGUCCCGGAGCCUGAAGCACCUUUUUCACUCCUCUACUAAAUUUGUCAAGACUCUCAAAAGGGGAGUUUAUAUAGCAUCAGUAUUUUACCAUAAGGACAGUCUGCUAGUGACUAAUGAGGAUCAGAUCCCCAUAGUGGAGGUGGACGACUCAUACAGCAGCUCCCUCAUGCAGGACUUUCUGUGGUUCACCAAGCUGUCCUGUAUGUGGGAGGACGUCCGGUGGCUGAGACAGAGCCUGGCAGUCUCCACCUCUUCCUCUUCCACUCUGCAGUCCAGACAGAAGAUGCUGGCGGCCGCGGGCCAACUGCAGAAUCUUCUGGGAACUCACAACUUAGGCCGAGUCCACUAUGAGCCCAUUAAAGAUCGUCAUGGAAAUGUGCUGCUUGUGACAGUGAGAGAGAUGGACAGCUUCUAUUCCUUUUUCAAUGGGAAGUGGAUGCAGGUAUCCAAACUGCAGAGUCAGAGAAAGUCUCUGUCUACCCCUGAGGAACCAUAUGCCCUGGACAUCCUCCUCAUAACCAUACAGGACAUUCUGGCCUAUCAGAGACGGAGUCAGCACCGGCUGUCCUCUGGUCUUUAUCUGGGUUACCUAAAGCUCAGCAGCUCUGUGGAUCAGAUCAAAGUGCUGGUUCCUCAACGUAUGCCCAACAUGCUCUGCCACACCAAGAUACGAGACAACUGGAAUGUGUCAAGGGAUGAGUGGGAAUGGCUGCAGUCACUGUCUGGCCCUGUGGAGGUGGAAAGAGCAGAUCAGGCUACAGACUGCCUCCUCUUCUCUGAGCUCCAGAUGGCCAUUAAGAGUCUGCUGCACCAUAUUAAUCUACCUCUCCACCAGGCCAAGCACUUCCGUCUCUACACACACGAGGUGCUGGAGCUGGGUCACAAUGUGUCCUUUCUUCUGCUGCUGCCCGCCUCAGACGACGUUUGCUCUGCCCCGGGACAGACCAACCCCUACACACCACACUCGGGGUUCCUCAACCUCCCUCUUCAAAUGUUUGAGCUUGUUCACUUCUGCUCAUAUAAGGAGAAAUUUAUCAGUCUUUAUUGCCGGCUGUCCUCUGUGCUGGACCUGGAUAGUCUAAUUACCCAGCAGGCUUUCAGAGAGGCCAUCACUGACUCAGAGGUGUCCACAGCCAAACAGAGACAACAGCACAUAUUGGACUACAUUCAGCAAUUGGACGAGAUGUGGCGAGACGUCCGCUGGAUCACCAAUGCCCUGCAGUACGCCCGCUAUAAACAGCCUCUCGGUUGGGUGCCUAUCACCUGGCUUGUAGAUGUCAGCGUGGAGCCUCCUGUCCAGAAGAAUGACUCCACGUCCUCUAACACAGACUACGUGCCCACUCCCUCGCCCUCUCCAGAAAUGAGGAGACGAAAGCCCACAAUUGGUAAAUGCUAUUUUUCAAUAGCUGCCAUUCAUCCAGAGUCCCAACCGGGUUCAGAUGAAGAGGGCUGCUCGGAGGUCUUUCUCCCCACAGACAGUGACUAUGACUCCAGUGACGCUCUGAGCCCUCGUGACCUGGACUUAGUUUACUCCUCAGCCCAAGAUCUCUCCCAUCAGGCCGUGCACGUCCUCAGCGGUAGCGCACCCGACGUCCUUCAGAUGCACGAUCUCAAGUACAGCGCUUGCUCAAAGUCCAUCCUGGAGACCGAAUCAUGCACCAAGGACAUGGAAGACCUGUCGCUGUCUUCUUAUUCUGUGAAAGCCACAGACAAGCCAUCCCGCUGCAAGUUCCUGGCCGAUCCACCAACAAAACGUAAGAUGCUGUCAAAAAGCCAUCCCCAGAGGAGUUAUUUUGGCGGGCCGCACCGCUGGCUGCGCGUACAGAGCGAGAGUCACACUCCCUCGCUGUCCGAAGGCAUCUACACCAGACAGAGCGAUAUGGACCUGCCGCUGGAGACGCCGCUCUCUCCCACUAACUCCUACAGUUUGGAUGAGUACAGGGCGACCUACAGAGAAUCUAAGCCUAACGUUCGUAGGAUCUUUGUAGAGUCGUGCAGCAAGACGUCACCCUGCAGAGAUGCCCCACAUUGGGAGGAGGAGGAGAAGGGAUCGAGAGGAGAGGCCGCCGGAGAGACCGGAUCGGGAUACGGCACUACGGCGGAAGCUCAGGAUGUAGAUUCGGAUGAGCUAACGAAUGAACAAGUGUCAGAGAUUCUCAGCAGCACUCUAUAGGAUGAUAUAAGCGUUCCAUCACGUAGACGUGUGGUCUUCUCGACACUUGAGUCGCCUCAGAGCUCCAAAACUACCCUUUUCCUCUCCAACCGCACAAUUUACAACAGCUCACAGUUGUAAUGAGUGAACACUUAGCCUAAUCAAUUCUUGCAUCCUCUCUGCGGAGGAUGAAGUUGCUGGUCAACUCUGCGGGACUCAUAAAUGAUGGCUCUGACUGUUAAAAUGUUGAUUAUCAAUGCAACGUGAAACAAAGCACUGCUUUUCCUCAGAACUUGAAAUUGCCUCAGCCAAUAGAGCCCAACAGUUAGCGCCCACUUUUUCAGCAGCAUUUGUACAGAGUGUAUUUUUCCCAUUAAUUUUCACCAUAGGGGUUUCAAAAGCUUCUUCAGACUGAAAGACUUCAAAGUCACGAACAAAACCGACCAGUGUUUUUAAAAUUACAGAUUUCUUUAUUAGAAGCUACAAGAGUGUGUAUUUAAGAUCUUUUAUGAUUGAAGCACAAAAUAUUUAACGAAAGUGUGUGAUGUUAUUAUGAUAUGUUAACUUUCCUAAGUUUAAGAUAUUUUUUAAAAAUAAAUUAAUAUUUUUAUUCAGCAAAGAUGCAUUAAAUUGAUCAAAAGUGACAGUAAAGCUAUUUAUAAUUUUACAAAAGAUGUUAUAUACUUUAAGGCCCCGUUUACACUAGUACAUUUUCGUUUUAAAAAGCAAAAGUUUUGCUAUGGUUACACCUGUCGGCUACAGCAUAAGAUUUGUUACGGUUACACUACGGCAGUGUUUUCGAACCAUGAAAAUGGAGACUUUCGAAAACGCUGCAGAGCCCGUUUUAGUUUGAAAAUGCCGGGGUUGCGUUUCAGGCCCCGUUUACACUAGUGCGUUUUCAUUUUAAAACGCAUACGUUUUGCUACAAUUACGCCUGUUGAUUACUCUACGCCAGUGUCUUCGAACCUCAAAAACAGAGACUUUCGAAAACGCUGCAGAGCCCGUUUUAGUUUGAAAACGCCGGGCUUGCGUUUCAGGCCCCAUUUACACUAGUGCGUUUUCAUUUUAAAACGCAUACAUUUUGCUACAAUUACGCCUAUUGAUUACUCUACGCCAGUGUUUUCGAACCUCAAAAACAGAGACUUUCGAAAACGCUGCAGAGCCCGUUUUAGUUUGAAAAUGGGGUUGCGUUUCAGGCCCCGUUUACACUAGUGCAUUUUCAUUUUAAAACGCAUAAGUUUUGCUACAAUUACGCCUGUUGAUUACUCUACGCCAGUGUCUUCGAACCUCAAAAACAGAGACUUUCGAAAACGCUGCAGAGCCCGUUUUAGUUUGAAAACGCCGGGGUUGCGUUUCAGGCCCCGUUUACACUAGUGCGUUUUCAUUUUAAAACGCAUACGUUUUGCUACAAUUACGCCUGUUGAUUACUCUACGCCAGUGUUUUCAAACCUCAAAAACAGAGACUUUCGAAAACGCUGCAGAGCCCGUUUUAGUUUAAAAACGCCGGGCUUGCGUUUCAGGCCCCGUUUACACUAGUGCGUUUUCAUUUUAAAACGCAUACGUUUUGCUACAAUUACGCCUGUUGAUUACUCUACGCCAGUGUCUUCGAACCUCAAAAACAGAGACUUUCGAAAACGCUGCAGAGCCGAUUUUAGUUUGAAAACACCGGGGUUGCGUUUCAGUAUAAACGGACCAAAACGGAGACUUUUGAAAACGAUGACGUGGCUGACCACGUUCGCUCUACGUAUCCUUGACGACCGUGUAUACAAUAACAUGGAGACUCAACUGCAAUCUUUGCUGGCUUUGUUGUCAUUUUUAGCUGCCAUUGUGCAGUUCAACUCUGCAUUUUUUUAAUACUGCAGCUACCUACGUGCGCAAGAGACAACUGUUUACACUUGUAUGCACAUGCCCAGUGUGCAUGAAUAGUCAUGUGACAUGUUUUUGGUCGUGUAGUAUAGAUGGAGAUUGUUUCUGAAACGCUGUGGAAACACCACUGUAGACGAGGAUCGUUUUUUGUUUUAAAACGCACUAGUGUAAAUGGGGUCUAAAUGCCUAUUCAUUAAAGAAUCCUGAAAAAAUUAUCACAGUUUGCACAAAAAUAUUAAGCAGCACAGCUGUUUUCAACAUAGAUC